ACACAACCGAUAGAAGAUGGACGGCCCUAGGGCUAUAAGCCGCACCACCCUUAGGCCUCUGCUUCCUAGCAGCACAGGUUUCUCUUCUACAAAGAUUUUGGCCCCGCCCCUCGUAAUGUGGGACGCCCAUCAGUACCUAUGGCUAAAGAAUAUAUUGCUGCUGCGUGCUGUCUGACUCCUCCCAGUCCUGGUAUCUAUCUCACCAGUGGCCGCAAUACCAGGCGACAGCAUUGCACGGCGAACGAUCGAGCAGGCUCGAGCUGCAACUACAAAUGAUUUGUGUUGAUUUGGUUUAUCAACAUACCGUCGCUUUCCGCCUUACAACGGAUGCCAUAGCCGUUAUGUUAAACUCGGUACGAAGCUGUGGUCUAAAAUCCGAUUUGAAGGAGUCUCUUGAGUCAUACGUGUUUUACAGUCCAUGCAAACGCACCUUAAAAUACCUUGCUUUCUCGGGGCCCUAUAUUAUGAACGCCGAAGAUGACCCCAAGACCUUUCGGAGCUUUUUUCGAAUUAUAGGAGCGUCUCUGUCAGAGAAUUUAGAGCCCUUGUUGAUGGAAUUACCGUCGCUAGGGAGUGCAUCCAACCCGCAACAUCCAUGGUCUGCUAUUCCCAGCGGCCAGCUCAACCAUGAUGGACCCCAGCAAGCUGAACUCGAAGCGAGACACAUAUCCCCAGGAAUCCCCCCAGGGAUUGGUUGGGCAUCCACAAGCUGCAUAUGGUGUGAACACGCGCCUGGACAUCUGAUGUUCCCAACUAUUUCCAACUCAAUCAACACGAACUUUCUUCCCUCGCCUUUGGGUCAGCAACCUUCGGAUCGACUACUAUGGAUUAAAGAGGCGAUUUUCGAUAACAUGGAGUGUGCGCCGUCUCUAUGCGCCGCCACGAAUAGAUUAUAGCACACACUCAAUUUCAGCCGACGGCCCACGACCGGCGGAGUCGUAGCAGUAGUUGGCAGAAUCAUCUCGGCUCGCCCGUUCUACCAUAAAGCCUUGCUUAUGGCGCAAUUUCGAGCUCUGGCUCACUCCUGUACUAAGGAGACCUGCUCCCCGGAUAGCGCCCCAUUUGAUAUAAGGUGGGGUGGUAGGCAGUGGGUCUCAGUCAUAAAGAACGGUACAUGUAGAUGAUACUCGACGGAAUUCAUUGUUCUUACACUGUUCAGGGCCAUUUGGUUUGAAAGGCAGCACUAUGUGAACAGGAGGAAGAGGGGGGUUGUAAUGGAACAAGGUCCCUGCCAAAUUAGAUAUAUAUCACAAGAAAUCUAAGAUAUCAAUAUAUACA